CUCCCCCUCACUCGCUAACACAUUUUUAAAGACGAACUUAAGGGGAAGGAUAGGGGGAGCUCAGAGCCUUCCUCAGAGCAAGGGUGAGGACAGCUUGGCCAGAAAUGGAAUUCACACAGCUUUCGCCCGUGACUACGGUCACUUUCAACUAUGACUACUAUGACUAUGACAACUGCCAGUAUCAGUACACGCAACGUAUGUCUACUUUCCUCCUUAUCCUGUACACUGCUGUGUUCCUGGUGGGCAUUGUUGGGAACUUCAUCCUGAUAGUAGCCUUGGUCUUCAAGCGACAGGUCCGGAGGCCGAUUGACGUCUUUAUCAUCAACCUCGCUGUAUCUGACUUCAUCUUCCUCAUCACGCUGCCGUUUUGGGUGGACAUGGAGGUGUCGGACGGAAACUGGAGGGUAGGAUCUUCACUCUGUAAAGCUAGUUCCUAUGUCAUCUCAGUCAACAUGUACUGCAGCAUCCUCCUCCUCACUUGUAUGAGUGCUGACCGGUACCUUGCUAUCAUGCAUCCCUCUAUCGCUAGACCGGUUAGAACAAGAUCCUAUUCCACUGGACUCUGCAUCUGUGUCUGGUUAUUAUCCUGCUGCUUAGGAGUGCCUACCCUUUUGUCCAGAGAACUGAAGAACCAAUAUGGAAAGACUUACUGCACAGACAAAGCCAUGACAGAAGACAAACAGAUCAUGUCACUGAUGCUUUUAAUGCUGGCCUUCUUCUUCCCACUGUUGAGUAUCAUAACUUUUUACUGCUGCAUUGCCAAGAGACUCUGUGUGCACUAUCAGGGAGCUGGGAAACAUGAUGAGAAACUGAAAAAAUCCAUCAAAAUCGUUUCCAUUGUAGUGGCAGCUUUUGUUAUCUCCUGGGUUCCCUUCAAUCUCUGCAAGCUUAUGGCCAUCCUUUUGGGACUCCUGAAGCAGCCCGACUGUUCUCCCUAUGUGAUUGCCCAGGUGGGCAUGAAGGUGAGCGGCCCUUUUGCUUUUGCCAACAGCUGUGCCAACCCUUUCAUUUAUUAUCUCUUUGACAACUACAUCCGCAGAGCCAUGCGCCAGUGCCUGUGCCCAUGUAUGAAAAUCAUCAUGAGGGGCAACAACUCUGAUACUCUGGACUCUCACCUGAGCCACUCCUUAUCCAAUUUUGGUGUGGGGGAGUAUGCUGCUAGGAAGAGGAAGCGCUCUCUGUCCCUCUGACUGGAAGCUGGGACUGUGGAGGAAGGAACUUCUCUCUCCAAAGAGAGUGCAGCCAGCACUUCAGGUGGGAGGAACACUGCUUCCCUUUAAGUGCAGAUAGAUGGAAUAGGAAACCUUAACCACAGGCUUAUGGUUCACAAUGGUCGCUGUGUCACUGCAUGGUGUAAAUCUGAAACCGUCGUACUGAGGAUUAUCCACAAAGACUUACGCUGGGACCCCUGCACAAGAGCUACAAACUACAAAAAAGAAUCAUGUGAUUCAGCCAAAGAUGCUCCAAGGCAAGCUUUGAACUUAAGUAAAGAUAACAUUUUAUUCCACACAGAGCAAGAAAAACAACAAAACAGAAGUGUUUCUUCUCUUCGGUUCGUAGUUUACCCAUAAACAGUGUCCUCAAACCAACCUGGUGAAUUCUGUGUUUGUGCAGGUUUUCUGAAUUUAGAAAUCCAGUGUUUUAAUGAAUUUGUGUGUUACCAGUUCUUGUAACUUGAGUCUUGUGAAUUUUGCUUUAAGUCUAAGCUUCUUAUUAUGGCAUUAAAUCUUAAUCACAAUAAUUAAAGUAGGUUAAUUUCAGAAAAAAGAUAACUUGAAGGCAGAGAAAACAGUAGACAAGUAAAAGAACUCCUGCAUUUAACACUCAUGAUUUUUAAGACUUUUUUGAGGAUCUGACACAAUUUCUGACUGCCUGCGUUGUUGUAUCAUGGUAUGGCACUGUUUGCCUUUCAAAGUCCAGGUCUGCUUUGUUUAGCUCAACCAGUUUAUGUAAAGACAUAUGCAGUAGGGCUACUUUCUCCCACUGGAAUCAAGGUCAAAAGUAAAUGUGCCUGAAAAGCAAAAUUAGCCAGAGUUUCACAAGCAUUUAAGUGAUUCUGCGUGAAUAUCAUGGAGAAUCACAGAGAAUGCUGAGAAAACUUGGGUGCAGGGAUGCUCACAGAAAAGGAAUUUAAAAGGACCAAUGUUUUAGUUCCUUUGCAGGUUGAACUCUGUAAAUAAAACUGCUCUAUAAAGUUGGCUUAUUCCUAUCCACCAAUCUUUGGGAAUUGCAAAGGCCUUGCAUUUAUUCUGCUGUGCGGAAGAUACCACUUGCCCAACUGGUGUCAAGUCUGACAGCUAAAUGGGGUGGGGAAACAGAGGAAUCUCCAUAUUUAUAACAGCUGUAGUACGUCCUAGAUUUACAACCUGAACAAAUGUGGAGCAAGGAGUUAAGCAGCUCAUCAGAAAACUGGUACUGGACUUUUCUAAAGCUGACUACAUCUAUUUUAUUAAAUCUUCCAUAUUUUUUUAAAUGCGAAUCAUUGAUAGAAAUGUUUGCUUAAAACAAAGAAACUGGGGUACAAGGUUUUAAAAAUGCACAGUUGAAAAAAGUAUUAAACUUCCAACAGCACCUUGGCUGUGUUGCAGAAUCCCAUAGUCUGUUGUGUCUCUUGCUAAAUGUUUAGCUUAAUAUAAUGCUGCUUGUCACUAAUAUAAUAAAUCAGUAUCUAAACCAUC